UCGUGGUCGUAAGACGCUUAGAGAAAUUAAAUAUGAAAAAAUACUCAGUACUCGGUAACAAGAAGAAAGUGACCAUGGAGGUUAAUGUUGCCCGCCUGAAAGUGGUCGGGAAUAAUUGUAUAAUUCGCGUUCAAAGUAACCAAGGUGAUGUCGAAGUGAUUGGCAAUGAUUGCCGAGUGGAAAUCAAGGAAAAUUAUGGAAAUGUCAACUUAGUCGGCAGUGGAAGUACAAUCACGAUUGAGAGGCGCUUAAAAGGUGAUAAUGUCUCUAUUGUGGGACCAAAUUGUCAUCUUUUGGUGGACGGAAAAGAGAAGAGGCUUUCCAAUUAUGAAGCCCAGCUAUCCCCUUUCAGUAAGGACCUGGAUGACGUCAUCGAGUCAAUCUUUACAUUCGUGAUGCGAUGAAGAUGUAGAGACUAAAAAUGUGCCCCAAAUUUCUGUGAACGUGUUUAGUUCGGAGAAUGUACCUACUUCGUGGACUGAAGGAGGUUGAUGACCUCGUGUCAAGUUUUUUGUGAUCGUAUUGAGAUGAACGUGCCUUCGUAUCCACUAGAAAUCUCCGCGAAGAUAUUCUAGAUAUUAAACAAAUAAAUUUAAGAGAAAAGAUCUGUGGUUUUUAAUAAAUGUGCUUU